AUGGUCUCGUGCGAAAUGGCGAAACAGAGUCUCAAGAACUUAUUCAGAGCAUUCUCCUGGUACUUAGAGCAUUUGAAAACCGGCACCUAUCGCGUUUCGUUCAUCCACGGCAUUGAACCUGCGCAUUCCUCCCCGACAGUUGCAUUGGCCAUUGAGUCACCCCCAAUCAUGGUCGACGAUAUGAUAAGCGUGAUGGAGGAGAGCAUAAUUUUAGGCAGGAAGCUUGGCCAAGAAUACAUGAAACCGGCGAAGGUGGCGAAACUAUCAUACAAGGCUUUCUUGCACAUCGAUACCAAGCCUGGCUCAGCUAUUGUCCGGUCUGCAGCUAAACAUAAAGCACAGCUGAUCGUGCAUGGCUCUCGCGGUUUCGGAGUCAUCAAGAGAGCAUUACUGGACAAUAUUAGUGACUACGUUGUUCACAAUUCCACUGUUCCUGUAGCCGUGGUACCACCGAAGCCCGCGCAAAGUCGGAACAAAGACGCGAAAUGCUGCACUGGUGGCUGCGGCAUGCGAACUCGACCGAGAAGGAGCAGUCGUGAUGCUCCUAGUGUCCGUGUCGAUUUUCCUGUGACAGAAGCAUACACUUCCCUACUAAACUACACCAGAUAA